UGAUAUUUUAUGAUAACAUGAAAAGUGCUUAUAACUAAUUUUAAGGGCUGCAUUUGAUGUGUCAUAAUAUACAAAAUUCAUUUUGAAUCUAGAUAGAUUUUAGUUUUUCCCCUCUAUUUUGAGAAAUACCACACUAAGCAAAAAAUUACAACAAAUGGUGCAUUUGGCUUUUUUCUUUUUAUAUUUAAGGUGAAUUCCUUGAGAGAGGAUUACUGGGUCAAACUAUACAAACAUUUUUCCAAAUUACCUCCCAAAAGAUAUGUACUUUAUUUUCUUUCUUAAAGGAUCCAUUUACUGGGUAGAUACACUUUGGUCUGUACUUCAUCCUAGGAAAGGACAGCCUAUUUUUCAAACCUUUCACCUUUAUAGUAUUUUAAUGUAGGGAGUUUGUCAUCUAAACAUUUCGGACCCAGUUAAUAGAGUUUGCACCAAUCCUUAUGUUACAAAACUCAGGAUCCUUUAGCUAACCUACAGGAAGUAUUUUUGAAGGUGCUUAGACCCAGGGAAGAAUUAGACCCAGGGAAAAUGGUCUAUCAUAUAUUUAAAGUGGACUGCAAACUAAAAUUUGUGUUGUCUUUAUAGCAGCAUCAGUAGAAUUCUGCAACUUUCGCACAGCAUUUGUAAAAUAAGCAAAAUGUGCAGUGUAGUUCACUGGAAAUUACUGAUGUGAUACCAGUAUUUUGGGAUGUAUCGGAAUUCUUCAAACUGAAAUUUGGUGUUUUUUCUUAUAUGCCCACUUAGUUUUGUCAUGUUUACCUAUGAAUUCAUUUAUACUACAUGUUUACUAAAGUGUUUACAACAUAAACUAACAUCUCACAUUUUAAAAAAGUAAACAGUGUUAGAGAUUAUCCCUGAAUGGUUCAAUUUACACACUUACACAUGCACAAACACUAUGAUUAUUCCUUCCAGGAGCAGCUUUUAAAAGUGCACAGCCUGUGCAGUUGGAGAGUUCUUUGGAAUUCCAAAGCCCCCUGCUCUUUAUUGAACUAAGGUUUAACUGGUGUUGUUAUGGGCUCAUCUCUGUGUCAGGUGUCCAGAAUUCAGCAGCAAAUAAAAUGGGCAUAGUCCUGACCCUUAAGAGCUUCAAUAUAGUGGAAGAUUUGGAACAAUAAAAAAAGACAUCGUCUUUCCAUGUAAUGGGAACAAUGACAGGAGCAGUAGGGGGCAUGGUGAGAGCAGUUAGGAUACUGACCAAAAACAUUUCUAGGGUCAAUGAAAGUAUCCCAGGUGCAUGAAAAUAAUAACAUUUAUUGACAACAUUUGCCAGGCAGCAUGCCAACCACUUUACAAGUAUUAUCUCAUUUAACAUUUAUAUGGUUAUAUGAGAUAACAUAUUUCCAUUAUCCUCAUUUUAAAGAGGAGGUGGUUGCAAAUUAGAGAAGUUAAACAACUCCUUCAGGUUCACACUGUAAGAAAUGAUAGAGUCCCAGUUCAAACACAGGCAGAGUUAAAAGUAUGAGCAUUUAUUGUUGAACAAAAACUUGAAAGAUAAGUGAAGUGUUAAUCAGAAGGAGAGAGAGGUUGGGGAAGGACGGAAAGGAAGAGCCCCCCCCCCCCAAAAAAAAAGAAAGAAAAGAAACUAUGCCAAGUCUUAGAAGCCAGAAAGAGCAUGACAAACUCAAAGAAAUUUAAGAAGGUCAUUAUUUAUGUUUCUUUUAAUGUGAAAGACAAAAUCACAUGCUAUAAGACCAUAAAGGAAAAUAAUGAUCAGUUCAUGAAGGAUCUUUUAAGAUAACAAGUUUGAACUUUAUUCUGAGGGAACUGUAGGACCACUGAAGUUUUAUUAAGAAACACGACCUUUUACAGUUUGCUUUUUACAAUGUUUCUCAUGACUACCAUUUGUGUAUUGGAGUAGAGGGAAUGAACAAAACUGGGAACAGUUAAGAAUAGUAAUUUAGGUACUAGAUAAUAGCAGCCAGGCUGUGAAAGUAAGGAUGAUAUCAAGAAGACAUAUUUAAGGAUUAAAAAGACUUAAUGAUUGGUUUGGACUCAAUGAUUGGAUGUUUGUGUAGGAAGAGAGAGGUUUCAGGAAUGCAGGUAUGUUUCUGGGAUGGGAGUGAAUUCAUGGCACCAUUCAUUUCUAUAGGGAAAAUGGAUGAUAAAAUUUUGUGCGGGAGGAUGAUGAGUUUGCCCUUGGACAUAUUAAGUGACUGCAGACAUGUCUAAUUUAUAGUCGGACAUAUGAAUGCACAGUUCAAGAAAGAUUAAACAGGGCAUCAGGAUUUGUGAUUUACAUCCCAUAACAGUAUUCAUAUGGUUUCAUGUCCAUGCAUAGGUGUCCAAUCUUUUGGCACCCCUGGGACACAUUGGAAGAAGAACCUUCAUCUUGGGUCAUACAUAAAAUACACGAACACUAACAAUAACGGAUGAGCUAAAAAAAAAAAAAACUUAAAAAAAUCUCGUAAUGUUUUAAGGAAGUUUACAAAUUUGUGAUGGGCAGCAUUCAAAGCUGUCCUGGGCCACGUGCGGCAUGCAGGGUGUGGGUUGGACAAGCUUGCAUUAGAUAUUAUGAGAAACCCUUGUCUCGCAUCAAUGUAUGCAAGACAAGAAGCUUGCAAAGUGACUAAGAAGGACCUUACAAAUCAUAGGAGAAAAAGCCUGGAAAGUGCAGUGUUGCAGCAAUGAAAAUAAACAAUUGGGAAAGGAAAAUAUUAAGAGUCAACUACCGAUAGGAGAGAUAUUGGGUGAAAAGUAAUUUUGGUGUGAAUAGAUUAUAUUGAGAGUUGAGGUAGAAACCAGGCUAACAGGGUAAUGUAUGAGUGGCAGGAAAUAUUGUCAUCCGUUAUGGAUAAUUUGGGGAAGAAAUUUGGCUUUGUUGGGAUAGGAUAGGCUGAAAGGUUAUGUGAUGACAAAGAGGGCUUUUCGUUUUUGUUUUAAAAAAUAAGAGAAAUUUAAUCAUUUUAAAAUAGCAAUGGAAAUGUAUUCAGGGAGGUUCCUGGAAAGGAGUUUGGGCUGGGGGAAGAGAAGAUUCAAAAAUUACUCUCCAGUGUAGACCAGAGGAAGGGGAUGUGGAUAGAAAGUGUCCAUUACAUAGCAUCUACUGUCCUUGAGAAAUGAGAAAUGAGGUCAUCAUCUGGUUACACUGAUGGGAGUAGAAGAGAACAAGAUUAUUUAAAUGCUCCAGAAUAGUGGUUUUCAGCUCUGGCUAUGAAAACCAAAUAUCAGACAAUUUAAGUUAGAAUCUCUAAGAGGUAGCAUCUAGGAAUUAGUACUGCAAAAGCCUUCCAGGUGAUCACAUUGUGUAUCCAUGGUUGAGAACUAUUAAGAGGAUUUUUUACCUAUCUUUUCAGAGGAAAAUAGGAGCUGUCUUGCUCUGUGACCAAGGAUGGAUUUCUUAGCAUUUCUGUUUUGCUUGCAAAAUGGGGAUAAUAGGGCUUAACCUCACUAGGUUGCUGUGAGGAAUAGCUGAGCAAAGAGAUGUAAAGCAACUACCAUACUCUCUGGAAUAUAGGAAGUACACAAUGAAUAUUGACUGUGUUGUUUUUUGUAUCCAGAUAGAAAAGAAUCUUAGAAAUGUGUUUCAUUUCUAAUAUCUGGCUGUUCUAUGUACUCAGGACAUUGGGAUAGUUGUAUUGACUUCAUUGGAAUGCAACAGGUAGAGAAUAGAUACUCUAGAUGUCCUUACUUCCUUUUGUACUAUUAUGAUAAUUCAUUCUCAGAGUUACAGGAUGCAUAGCUGCAUAUGGCUUAUUUUGAUGAUCGCCAUUGUUUUUAAUAUUUAGACAACUGAAAGUAUAGGAUUCUUUCCAGAAAGAAAGUCUCUGUAUUGUAUGGAUAAUUCUGUAAGCACAAAAAGUAAGAUUUUUACUGAAGAAACAGACAUGAAACCAAAGUGUUUGGAUCAUCAACUUGUGUUAUCUGUCACUGAAAUGCAUUACAUAAUCUUUGACAUACAAAAUUUGAAUCUGUGUAUGAUGCAAACACACACACUUAUACACAUACAUAGACACAUACUACAUACAUAUAUACUCAAAUUACAAGCUAAAGAUUGUUUCCAUAGUAUAAAAAUAACCUAUUGAAACUUUUAUUGCUCCAUGUAACCGAUACUUAUAAAAAUAUAUAACUUUUUGAGGUAUGUAUUGCAGAAGUGAUUGCUAACUAGGCUUUUGUCUAUGUGUUCAUUUUAUAAGUACAACAAUUAAGUGCCUGUGUGACUUUUUUUAAACUUAUGCUGUGUGUGUGUUUGUAUUUUUUCAUUCACAAAAAUGGUAUACAUCCUUUUUUUUUAGUAUCAGAAGUACUGCCUUAUAUCUAAAUCAUAUUCUGUGAGCCCUCCCCACAAGUUAUGUUUUUAUACCUUGCUUUUAUACCUUGCUAUUCAGAGUGUGGUCCAUAGACCAGCAGUAUCAGUAUCACCUGGGUGCUUAUUGGACAUGCAGAAUCUCAGGGCUCACCACAGACCCCCGGAAUUAGAAUCUGCAUUUUAAUGAGAUCCUUUGGGUGAUUUGUGUUCACAGUAAUGUUUGAGAAGCCCAAGUGCCUCAAGGGAAGCCUUUCUUCUCUAGUAGACAUUUUCUAAUGAGCUGCAGAGGAAGGAGAAUGUUUAUUCCUUUAGGAAGAAAGGAUGCACCUAAUUUUAAUUGCUUAACUAUAAAAUAGGCAUAAAUAAUGUAUAAGGGAGAAAGUAAUAAGGGUUACAUUUUAGCUAGUCGGCUGCAAAAUAAUAAUUCCUUUAUUUUAAUAACAAACAGUUGUAUCUCCUUUUGUAUAAGGCAUCUCUUCUUACCCUGAACUAGUUACAUCUUCAUUCUCCAGUACUUACUGUCUGAACCAAUGCCUUUAUAUGGAAGAUCUCCCGUUUUCAGAGAGGUAAACAGAAACCUUUGUGGUAUGGCACAAAUAGGGCAUGCCUGCCCUCCACUAUUUCCUUUUUUUGGCAUAAAACUAUUUUCAAUAAUGUAUUACUUAGCCUGUGUUUAUCAGGCAAAUGCAGACCAUAAUAGUUAAUAAAUUUUUAAAAACCAGAACAAUACCAAUAUAUCUGUAAACCUCCACUCAGCUCAAAUGAAUCAGAAUUGCUAUUAAUAUAAUGCUGUUGUAAGAAUCAUAUGCUGUCCUUCUAGUAACUUAUUUAAUAAUAGCAUGUACAUCCCCACAACACAGAUAUGACACAGAUUAUUUAUAAGCCGUUUUUAUUCACAUACAACCCUAACGUUUUUUUUCUUGUCACCAAUGGGAAGAGAUACCCUGGAUGUGAGGCAGGCUCUGAGAUGGAGGUUAGCAUGCAGGAUGUUUGUUAGGUGUGGUUAUUAGAAUCAAGAGAAGUGAAAGAACAGAAAAGCAGGAGUGGGUACAGGGAGGAGUUGAGUGAGGCUACAGUGCCUGUGACAGCCUCUGUGUACUCCAUGGAGAGCUCUGGAGGUGGGAUGGCUCUUCAGCCUUGUCUCAAGUUGGGAUAUGGGGCUGACCUUUAUAUAUGUGGAGUAUGAGUGUCCCUGCAAGGAGGAAAGUCCUCAAACGCAGCAGUUUCCUUCCUUUGAGACUUUCUAAAGCUACGCUUAAGUGUAGCACAAAGUGAGCUGUAACUCUCACACCAGCUGGGGGGAAUAAAUCUUCAUUCCUGAAGGGGAGUCUGGUUGGUGCAUCAUAGUAUCCGUCAUAUUUCCCUUUGAGAUGUAAGUCUAAAGAAAUACAAGGUCCUUCAGUAUAUCUUGAUACUCAAAAAGAGGUUAGUACUGUUCACCAUAGUUUUAGUCUUAGGAGUUUUGGUUGGUCUUUGAAAAUUGCCCAUUUAUUAAUCUAAUACUUAGUGAGAACCCUCUAUGGGCAGUUCUGUAUUAUACAAUUUCUUAGUGUUACAAAGUUACAUAGAAAUCACAAUUCGUCAAGAAUAAUGAAGCUUAGUGAAAGAGACUUUAAAUUCAUUAAACAAAUAUUUCUAAGCACCAAAUGGUGCCAGUCACUGUGCCAGGCCUUGAGUUUAGGGUGGUGAACAAAACCAACGUGUUCUCAGACCUCAUGGAACUUAUGGAGGAUGUAGAGGCAGAUAUGAAACAAAUAGUCAUGCAAAUAGGCCCAUAAUUACACAUUUUGAUAGGAGCUAUGAAAGAAAAGCAAAAUAUGCCAUGCAAGAGCAAUUUGCAUAAAAAUGGAUGAGGAGAAUUAUUGAGAAAGUGUCAGGUAAGAUGAGACCUGGAGAUAAGUGAUGGCAAGAGUGGGGAGAAGAUAACUUGAGACAGUGGGAAGAGAAUAUGCUAAAGCUGGUAAAGAGUUCAGGUUAGCUCCUUUUCUACCCACCUACCCCACCGAAACCCCAAAACUAUGGCAGGUGGUACUGUGUCCGGAAUUGGUGGGUUGUUGGUCUCACUGACUUCAAGAAUGAAGCCGCGGACCCUCACGGUGAGUGUUACAGUUCUUAAAGGUGGCGUGUCUGGAGUUCGUUCCUUCUGAUGUUCAGAUGUGUGCGGAGUUUCUUCCUUCUGGUGGGUUCGUGGUCUUGCUGGCUCAGGCGUGAAGUUGCAGACCUUCACAGUGAGUGUUACAGCUCAUAAAGGCAGUGUGGACCCAAAGAGUGAGCAACAGCAAGAUUUAUUGCAAAGAACAAAGCUUCCAGGAUGUGGAAGGGGACCCCAGCAGGUUGCCACUGCUGGCUGGGGCAGACUGCUUUUAUUCUCUUAUCCGGCCCCACCCACAUCCUGCUGAUUGGUCCAUUUUACAGAGAGCCGAUUGGUCUGUUUUACAGAGAGCUGAUUGGUCCGUUUUGACAGGGAGCUGAUCGGUGCCUUUGCAAUCCCUGAGCUAGGCACAAAAGUUCUCCAGGCCCCCACUAGAUUAGCUAGAUACAGAGUGUUGACUGGUGUAUUUACAAACCCUGAACUAGACACAGAGUGCUGAUUGGUGCAUUUACAAACCUUGAGCUAGAUGCUGAGUGCUGAUUGGUGCAUUCACAAUCCCUUAGCUAGACAUAAAGGUUCUCCAAGUCCCCACCAGAUUAACUAGACACAGAGUGCCAAUUGGUGCAUUCACAAACCUUGAGCUAGAUGCAGAGUGCCGAUUGGUGCAUUCACAAUCCCUUAGCUAGACAUAAAGGUUCUCCAAGUCCCCAUCAGAUUAACUAGACACAGAGUGCCAAUUGGUGCAUUCACAAACCCUGAGCUAGGCACGGGGUGCUGAUUGGUGUGUUUACAAACCUUGAGCUAGAUACAGAGUGCUGAUUGGUGUGUUUACAAUCCCUUAGCUAGACAUAAAGAUUCUCCAAGUCCCCACCAAACUCAGGAGCCCAGCUGAAUUCACCCAGUGGAUUCCGCACCGGGGUGCAGGUGGAGCUGCCUGCCAGUCCAGCGCCGUGCGCCUGAACUCCUCAGCCCUUGGGCGGUUCUGGGCGCUGUGGAGCAGGGGGCGGCGUUCGUGAGGAGGCUCUGGCGGCGCAGGAGCCCACGGAGGGUGGGAGAUGCUCAGGCAUGGCGUGCUGCAGGUCCCGAGCCCUGCCUCGCUGGGAGGCAGCUAAGGGCUGGGGAGAAAUCCAACACAGCAGCUGCUGGCCCAGGUGCUAAGCCCCUCACUGCCCCGGCCGACGGGGCUGGCCGGCCGCUCCCAGUGCGGGGCCCGCCAAGGCCACGCCCACCCGGAACUCGCGCUGGCCCGCAAGCGCCGCGCGCAGCCCGCGGUUCCCGCCUGCGCCUCUUCGUCCGCACCUCCCUGCAAGCUGAGGGAGCCGGCUCCAGCCUUGGCCAGCCCAGAAAGGGGCUCCCACAGUGCAGCGGCGGGCUGAAGGGCUCCUCAAGCGCGGCCAGAGUGAGUGCCAAAGCCGAGGAGGUGCCGAGAGCGAAGGAGGGCUGUGAGGGCUGCCAGCAGGCUGUCACCUCUCAGUGUAGCGGACAGGAAGAAGAAUGUUGCCAGGCAGCUCCUCCCACGGUUCGUAUUGUGCACUCAGGCUUGGCCUGUAACAUUGAAGAGGAGCGCUACUCCGAAAGGGUCUACACUAUCCGGGAAGGAGAAACCCUUGAGUUGACUUGUCUAGUCACAGGACAUCCACGUCCACAGAUCAGGUGGACCAAAACAGCAGGAAGUGCCUCUGACAGAUUCCAAGACUCAAGUGUCUUCAAUGAGACUUUGAGGAUUACAAAUAUUCAGCGACACCAAGGAGGCCGGUAUUACUGUAAAGCAGAGAAUGGCUUGGGGUCUCCAGCGAUAAAGUCAAUCAGAGUGGAUGUAUACUAUUUGGAUGAUCCGGUAGUAACUGUUCAUCAAAGUAUAGGUGAAGCUAAAGAACAAUUUUACUAUGAGAGAACAGUGUUCCUCCGGUGUGUUGCCAAUUCCAAUCCUCCUGUUCGGUAUAGCUGGAGACGUGGCCAGGAGGUCUUGCUGCAAGGAUCUGAUAAAGGAGUUGAGAUUUAUGAACCAUUCUUUACCCAGGGUGAAACAAAGAUCUUAAAACUAAAGAAUCUUCGACCUCAGGACUAUGCUAAUUAUAGCUGCAUUGCUUCAGUGAGGAAUGUAUGUAAUAUUCCUGAUAAGAUGGUGUCAUUUAGACUGUCCAAUAAAACAGCAUCACCGUCAAUUAAACUCUUGGUGGAUGAUCCUAUAGUUGUAAAUCCUGGAGAGGCCAUAACAUUAGUAUGUGUUACAACAGGAGGAGAGCCUGCACCUUCUCUCACCUGGGUCAGGUCCUUUGGGACUCUGCCUGAAAAGACUGUUUUGAAUGGAGGAACUUUGACCAUACCUGCCAUCACCUCAGAUGAUGCUGGUACUUACAGCUGCAUUGCCAAUAAUAAUGUGGGAAACCCUGCAAAAAAGUCCACCAACAUCAUUGUGAGAGCAUUAAAAAAAGGACGAUUUUGGAUCACACCAGAUCCUUAUCACAAAGAUGACAACAUCCAGAUCGGCCGUGAGGUGAAAAUAUCUUGCCAAGUAGAAGCUGUUCCUUCUGAGGAGCUAACAUUUAGUUGGUUUAAAAAUGGUCGUCCAUUAAGAAGUUCUGAGCGGAUGGUCAUUACACAGACUGAUCCUGAUGUCUCUCCGGGAACAACAAACUUGGACAUCAUUGAUUUAAAAUUCACGGAUUUUGGGACAUACACAUGUGUAGCAUCUCUGAAGGGAGGAGGAAUAUCUGAUAUCAGUAUCGAUGUUAAUAUAUCCAGCAGCACAGUUCCACCCAAUCUGACUGUUCCACAGGAAAAAUCACCAUUGGUCACCAGAGAAGGAGACACAAUAGAACUGCAAUGUCAAGUAACUGGCAAACCUAAACCAAUCAUCCUUUGGUCUAGAGCGGAUAAAGAAGUUGCAAUGCCUGAUGGAUCAAUGCAAAUGGAGAGUUAUGAUGGAACACUGAGGAUUGUGAAUGUAUCUAGGGAAAUGUCAGGAAUGUACAGAUGUCAGACCAGCCAAUACAAUGGAUUUAACGUGAAACCAAGGGAAGCCUUGGUGCAGCUCAUCGUUCAGUAUCCCCCUGCAGUGGAACCAGCAUUCUUGGAAAUCCGGCAAGGACAGGAUCGAAGUGUCACUAUGAGUUGCAGAGUACUGAGAGCCUAUCCAAUACGGGUGCUGACCUAUGAGUGGCGCUUGGGCAAUAAAUUACUACGGACGGGUCAAUUUGACUCUCAGGAAUACACAGAAUACCCUGUGAAGAGUCUUUCCAAUGAAAACUAUGGGGUUUAUAACUGUAGCAUCAUAAAUGAAGCUGGAGCUGGGAGAUGCAGCUUCCUUGUUACAGGAAAGGCCUAUGCUCCAGAAUUCUAUUAUGAUACCUACAAUCCAGUAUGGCAGAACAGACACCGUGUUUAUUCUUACAGUCUACAGUGGACACAGAUGAAUCCUGAUGCAGUGGAUCGGAUUGUUGCAUACCGGUUGGGCAUCAGGCAGGCUGGACAGCAGCGUUGGUGGGAGCAGGAGAUUAAAAUAAAUGGGAAUAUUCAAAAGGGAGAAUUAAUUACAUAUAACUUGACAGAGCUAAUUAAACCAGAAGCUUAUGAAGUCCGACUGACUCCUCUCACCAAAUUUGGUGAAGGAGAUUCAACAAUUCGUGUGAUCAAAUAUAGUGCUCCUGUAAAUCCUCAUUUGAGAGAAUUUCAUUGUGGAUUUGAAGAUGGUAAUAUUUGUUUGUUCACUCAAGAUGAUACAGAUAAUUUUGACUGGACAAAACAAAGUACAGCAACAAGAAAUACAAAAUAUACUCCUAAUACAGGACCUAAUGCUGACCGUAGUGGCUCCAAAGAAGGUUUUUAUAUGUACAUUGAGACAUCACGACCCAGAUUGGAAGGCGAAAAGGCUCGACUUCUCAGCCCUGUUUUCAGCAUAGCUCCCAAAAACCCUUACGGACCCACAAACACUGCAUAUUGUUUCAGCUUCUUUUAUCACAUGUAUGGACAACAUAUAGGUGUCUUAAAUGUUUAUCUACGUUUGAAAGGGCAAACAACAAUAGAGAAUCCACUGUGGUCUUCAAGUGGGAAUAAAGGACAAAGAUGGAAUGAGGCUCAUGUUAAUAUAUACCCAAUUACUUCAUUUCAGCUCAUUUUUGAAGGUAUCCGAGGUCCUGGAAUAGAAGGUGACAUUGCUAUUGAUGAUGUAUCAAUUGCAGAAGGAGAAUGUGCAAAACAAGACCUAGCAACUAAGAAUUCCGUUGAUGGUGCUGUUGGGAUUUUGGUUCAUAUAUGGCUUUUUCCCGUUAUCGUCCUCAUCUCUAUCUUAAGUCCUCGAAGGUGACCUUAUCCUGGCAGAGGCUAUAAAAGAUUCACCAGGCACUGGCAUGAAGAAAGAGUCUUUGUAAAUGGACAUUGAACAAACAAACUACCAAAGAUUCCUCCACUGACUACUGACUCAAAAAUAAAAUAAUAAAAACAAAUUUUUUUAAGCACUGGGGAUAAAAAGACACCAUGGAAGUAUAACUUAUUCCAAACUAAACAUAAGAGAUAAUCUUGACCUGAGUAGAGAAGAGACCUUCAGGUGCUUUUGUGGCUAAAAAGAUUACAGCGUCAUCUGGUUGGACUCUGGAAAAAAAAAAAUGAAAAAAAGAAAAAAAAAAGAGCUAUAGAAAUCCUUGUCAAAGCACAAAGUCAUGGCUGGUUUUGUUUCAAAUGAAUAGUUUGCUUGUUACCAUGGAAACCUAAUGGCCUGCCAACAAAAACCUCACUGUAAACAGGGUACGUGAAGAGCUGGCAUUUAUUUUCCUUUCGAGAAGGUUUUCAUAGAGAAUUAAAUAAAUGUAGGCCCUUUUACCUUUGGCUGUUACCCUUCCUUGAAAAUAACCCGAACUCAGAAUUAUUUAAAGCAUUCAUGUUUCUCCCCACCUUAUCCCCAUCCCACCUUUAUUAUUAUUAUUUUUCUCCCAUGGCUAAGCUAGAUAACUGUAUGCUGUCUCUUUUUGCAUGCACUACUAUCCAGGAUGGUAAACCUGGGCUUACAUAUUACACAGGCUUAUCGGAGUUUGCUUGCGGCCACUUGAACACCCAAACUACGUCAUCUGUUCCAAUGAAGAAACCAAACCACCAUCUUUUAUAAAUUGCCAUGGAAACCAAGUGCCUUCAAUGAAACAAGCCUGAAUAAUUUUCAACUCAGAAGCUUGCACUGCUAAGAGUGGUUUGUGUAAAACUAUUUUAUAAACAAACUACGGAGCCUAAAUGUGCAAAUUACAGGCAAGACAACAAAGCCGCUUCUGAAGAAGAAAGGACCGAAGCUGCUGCGUAAGCCCAUGCAGACAAGAUAUUUGUUGUUUAACCUCCUAGACAGCCAGCCAUGGCCUUUCGGCUUAUUGUCCAUUAGAAAAUCACUUCCAUUGAGACCAGACAUGGAGCAACACUUUUUUUCUUCCAGGUUAUUAAAUGGGUCAACCAGAGCAAAAGGUUAUUAAGAAUACUUAGUGCAGAAGGUGGUAAAACACAAAAGUGAUUUUUUUACUCUAACCUCCAUUUGAAAUGAAAUUGGCCCUAGCUUUAGAGGGAACAAGAAAAUGUUUGGGAUUGCAGUGCAUACUAACUCUACAGUGGAACUGGGCCUGAAAAAUCUGGCUUUAUUCUAAACUCUGAGGGUAAUAUGCCUCUGCCCUUUAGUCAGACUCUGUGCAAAUUGUGAAAUAUUAUUUUAUUAUUUUACCAAGGUUAUAAAAACACUUUUACAAAAAAACAAAAACCUGUAAAAAUGAUUUUGAGCUACCUGAGGACAAAUCAUAUCUUUAACCAGCCAGUUUUCCAAUGCAUUGUAAAUUUCACUUAAACCUGUUGGUUAUGAAAAUUCGAAGAUCAUUUUCCUUAAAUUAUCUCAGCUUUUAACUUCAUUUAAAAAGACUUUUGUCUAAGAAGAAUAUUAUUAUUAUAUGUUCUUUCAACACCCCAGGAUUAAAAAAACUGAUUAUGCAAGUAAUUGGAAUAUAAGUAUUAAAUUAUAACAUUUGCAAAUAUUAAUAUAAAAGCACAACAAAAUGUAGUGGAAAAUGACAAAGCUUGAUUUUUUAAAACAAUUCUGUAGAAAUGUUUGUGCAAAUUCAGUAAUUCAACUUAAAAUAUAAUUUUACAGCUAUGUUCAAUAAAGCCUCUUUCCAGGUAAGGUAUGACAAGCAGUAUGUGUGUUUGUUGAGCAAUGUUCACUUAUCACUAAAAUGAAAUUAGUUAUACAAUUUAUUGGUUACCAUGGGAUAAAUCUUCAGUGCUCCACAUACCUUAAUGUCUGCAGAAAGAAAUUUUAAUAGGAACUCCCUGAUUCACUCCCGUAUAUUGUAAUACAUGCAGAAAGCAGUUAAACCUUUGAAGGUAAAAUAUGAAACAUAUAUGAACCUGGAAUUUAAUGUCUAUUUUCAGUCAGUUCAAAAGGGGGCCAGUUUGAAUAUUUAGGUAGUGAUGGAAUUGAUCUGAACCAAGUCCUUUAAAUUAAAUAUAAUAAACAAAUGAGUUUCAUAACUUAUUUGAAUGAAUUAGACAUCUUAAAAUUUUUUCAGAGUUUCACAGUAACCCAUAUACUUUAUCAGACCAAAGAGAUUCAAGUACACAAUAUCUGGGGCAUUUCUUUUACGUUUUACAAAAUUUCUCUUCACCUUGACUUCCAUUUUGUGGCAACUAGCCCCUUUUCUCCACUGUCUCUUAUCAGUAGAUCACCCUUUUUAAUUGAUUUUCAGCACUCUCAUUCCUGAUAAUAGCAAUGAAAAUGUUUUAGAUCUAAAAGGACACUCUUAACUCAUUGCCUCUCCCUCCCUUGAUCUUUAAGUUGAUUUCAGUGAGGCUUUUGCAAAAAAAUAAAAAAUAAAAAAGACUAUAUUCAGAAUAUUUGAAUAUACGUGUGUCCUUUUCAGGUAAACAAUCAAAUGUCCUAUUAUCCUAAGUAAUCCUGCACAAAGAAGUAACUGUAAGAAAAAGUUUCAAUCCUACUACUAAGCAUUUAUAAAAUACUAAAAUCUUUCCUACCCUCUCAAACAGUAAGAAUACACAAUGCUUCAGAAGUUGAUGAGAACUGGCUGGUACCACAAAUUAAUUUUGAUUAAAUUUUUUAAAAAUUGCAGAUGAAUGUGAAGAACAAAGGGGCAAUCAGAAGAAGUGCAAAGCAAUCCAACUUAUUGAGAUGGUAAUAAAAUGUAUAUCUCAAGUGGGUUCUGGAUCAUUCACGUAAACCAACAAACAAUUUGAAUCAACGUUUUUCACUACAGAUCAUAUGUUCAGUUGCUUUAAUUGAAAGUAAAUGGAUAAAAUGCAGAAAUUUUAAAAGAUUGGGAUAAGUGAAAUGUAAAUUUUGUUAAGUAACCUCUUCUUUAAUAUUAGUAAAAAUAAUGAAACUUUUAAAACACUCAUUUAGCAACUGCCUUCCUUUUCCUAAUAUUUUUUGUAUUUAUUAUGAACUGGACUCACCAACGUAUUUUUCCUUUUCCAUUUUGAUAACAUAUUUAAAGUGUAAUUGAUGCCAAUAUUUUUUGUUCUUUUAUAGAGAGGCACCAGGCAAUGGAGUUUUUAAUGUUGUGGAAGAAAGAACAUACCAUGUAAUCUCUUAUUGCCAGUAAUUGAUCCCAAUUAAUUUGGAGUAUUAUUCUGUUUCAUGAGUUCAAGAAUGCUUGUCUCUCUACAUGUUAACAUCUCUGCAAUUGGGCCUAUUUUAAUUGCAAUUGGCAGCAUUUCUUUGUAGUGAUAUAUAAAAUGCAUCAUAGAUAUAAUGAAAUUCACUAAAGUCACUAACAUUGCCAGAAGUGCCAAACAAUGCCUAAUAUUACUACUUUUCAACAAGCCCUAAACUGAGAAGAAAACACCCAACCAUAUUUUUAAGAUUUACAUCAAAUGCUCAUUGACUAUGCAGUAUUUAAAAAUAAUGCAAUUUUUAUUUUGUCCAUUUUAAAAAUCUGAGUCCUCUCUUAAGUACAUCAUAUACAUACCUAGGUACACUCUUUUUUUUUCUUGUUCCUGCUACGUGUUUUUUAAUUCCACCGCAAAUCACAAUAUGCUAUAUAUCCCUGUUUAAAAUGUUUCCUCCUUCCGUGUUAUUCACAGUACUUUGUCACAAGUUUGGCCUCCCAUUAACUUUUCUUUAAGAGAUUUGAAAGAUGCAUGGUACACCACAAUGUCAUGCAAUAGGCUAAACUAAAGGUAUUUUAUUUCACACAUAUCACAGAAUUGACUUCGGCAUGGCAAUGAAUUAUGAUAAUUAUAAUAUUGAGAAUUACAACCCAGCUAGUCAGUUACAUCAUGUAAUAGAGUAAAAGCAAUUCAAUUCUUUUGUAUUUUAAAAUAUGAUGAAAUACAAAUUACAGUUGUAUUAACUUUUCACCAAACAUGCAUUUUUAUUUUAAAAACUUUAUAAUAAACAUAUAUGUCAAUAAAAUGUGUAACUUGAAGAACAAUUAAUUCAUUUAGUUAUGUAAUUAAGACUGUAUGAACCUGGCUGUGGUGUUUUACAUGAUCGAUUUUUCUUUGCUCUGAUUAGUGAUUUGAAAGAUGGUGAUGGAAUAAUCUGAUUUUUAUAGACUGAUUUCCAAGUAUUCUUGUGAAUGCCUAUUAUUUACCACAAAACUUUUUUUUUAAUGUGCCUUUCAAAGAUCAGGGCCAAUCAACAGACAUUUAAACUGGAAAAUCUUUACCCCAAAUUAAUUUGCUUCUUGGUUGAUGACUACUUUUUACUAAUUGUUUCAUCUGUGUCUCACCAAAGCAGAAGGUACACUCUUCUUGCAACUGGGUAGUUGAUGUCAAUGAGGAGUUAUUGCAUUUUCUGUGAAAACAAUAAAAUCAUAGGGUUCAAUCCCAAGCUAUUUCCUUUCCUACAAUGUUCCCUUUGUGGCUAAUCAGUUUAUUAGUUUUCUUAGUGCUUAUUUUUAAAAAGCAAUGUGUGGCAUUUUCUACUUCUGUGUAGGAGAAAAGCUACCACAGAAUGAUCGGAACUUUUUUCAAAUCUAAUAUAAAAUGUUCUUUGCCAAAUAUCCACAGUAUUUAUCAGUAAACAUGUAUGUUGUUAUUACAUAGAAAAAGAAAGACUAAAGACUUGAAAUCUGUAUGUGAACUAUGUCAGUUCUGAAUCAAUCCAUAUGUUCAUGUCUGCUUAGAAAAAGAAGCGAGGCUUAGAAAGGGAGAAAUAUUCCAUAUAUUUGUAUAUGGAUGACUUUAUUAAUAUAUUAAUUUAAAGCUUAAUAAAUUAUGAGUGGUGAUAUCACUACCCUGAACCUACAUUGAAUAUAUUGAAAUUAGGGAACUGGAAUUCAAAAUGUUGAGUAGGGCAGAGGUUAAACUCUGGGUAGAAACUGAAAUAGUUUUCUCGAGGAAAUAUUUACAACUGAUUGAAUUUAAUUUCAAUUGUACUAAUUUUCCAUGAGUUGAGCUAAAGUGUAUUCUUAUUUUUCAAUAAAACAAUGGGAAAUUCUAUAAAAUAGGGAUUAGCUUGUUAGUUUCAGUUCGUUUUUGUAUGGCUCUUAAUUGUUGUCCUGGGUUUCCAGGAUAUCAUUUUUAUUUCUUGAGUCUUAUCAAUAUAUUUAAAUGUGUAAGUUUAAUCAAAUAUACAUUGUGUUAAAUUUAUAUUGAAUAUUAGUUUCAUUUGAAAUCUCAAAGUUUAGUUUUAAUUUCAUUCCUUUUGGUAUUUUCUUCCUGCUAAAUAGUUUCAGAUAGCUGUAUGUUAUUUUCCCUUGGAUUUUUUUUCAAUAAAUGAAAUUAUGUUAAAUACUCUAUUACUGUUUUGGGGAAAUUUCUGCUCUCAAUAGCACUUAAGUUAGAAACAAAAAGAUAUUUAGAAAAGCAAUUAUGUUUGCAAUUUAAGAUGAAAAUGCCAUGAUUUCUUUCACUAUUGAAAAGCUUUUAUAGACUCAACACUGCAGUGAGCACAAUUAGCCCAUUAAGAUAUGUGUGGAAUUUUACAUCCUUUCUAAGGGAUUAUUUAUAAGAUUGUGUUAAACAAACAGGCACUAAAAUCUUCCUGAAUUAAAGUGAUUUAAGAAUUAUAACUCAGUUUAGUAACUCUGGGCUUCUGUAUGAUAUGUGAAAUAAUUGCGGUUUAAUGGUGCUAAUGUUAUUCAGGAAGAUAGUUUUAAUCACAUAUUUCAUGGGGACACUAGGCUAAAUGUGAGUUUUCUGGGAGAAACAAAUAAUAUUGCUUGACAGUGAUUGAAUGAACCAAAGUAUAAAGGGAAUUCUAAAAAUUAACUUGCUUAUCAUUGUUUCCCUACUGACAUUUUAGCUUAAUUUUAUCUUUAUUUUUGGUAUUAUAUAUCUAAAUAAACCUAAGAAAUUUUGGAAAUGCAGAUACAAUUAACAUUAACAGAUUCAUUAACAGUGUUCAAAAAUCAGCCCCCCAGCUGCCUUCUAACUAUGUUUAAUUGCUGUUUAUUUUUCAUUGU